AUGGACGGAGAUCAGGAUAAUAACAAUCAGGAUCCAGGCCAGCAGAUGGAUGCUGCUCAGAAUGAUGGGCAAGAUCAGCAGCAAGAUGACAACAGACCUGGUGAGAUGUAGAAAGAGUCCUCUAUGAUGGGAGGUUAAAACCCUACAAUGGGUCUAAUCUAGGGUGGCAGUGUCUAGUAAAAUGAUUUGCAUUUCAUCGGAGAGGAGGGAAAUGAAGAGAAGAAAGAUGUGAUCCCUCCUGAAACUCUUGAAGACAUGCAGAAUAUCUGGUCAGUCUUCGACCUCGAGAGGAAGGAUCAAGUCAGUGUUGUUGAGCUUAGAACUAUUAUGAGAGCUUUAGAUAUUGACCCAAGUGAGGAUGAGCUAGAGAUGAUAACUAAGCAGAUAGAUCCAGAUUACAUUGGCUUCUUCACUUUCGCUAAAUUAAGAGAAGUCAUGGAAGAGAAGCUAAAGGAUGUAGACACUGUCGAAGACCUGAUGGAGCAAUUGAAGAAGUUGGAUAGAGACAAGGAUGGCAAGAUUCCCAACCCCGAGUUCAAGCAGUUCCUCAUGAAUAUGGGUUCUAAGAUGAAUCUAGAGCAGGCAGAAGAUUUCAUGAAGGAGGCUGAUCCAAAGGGGGAUGGCGCUGUUGAUAUCGAAGAACUAGCAAUAAGACUAUGUCCUCCUAAGAAGUGA